AUGCAACUUCCGACUGUUGGAGACGGCCAAUUUGGCGCCGGACUCCUCCUUUCUGGAGCUGUCCUAGGCAUUAUCGCCCCGAUCCUCGCAAUUCCAAUUCAAGACAGCCCUCGCCAGCGCCUUCUCGACGGCCACGGCCUUCCCACGAAGUAUCGAUCUGGGUCGCCUCCCUACACUCCCGGUCACAGAGACAAAUACGACGGUCCCGUCGACUCUGUGGGAGAUAACCUUGAUCCAUUGCCCUGGCGCAACGGGCUUGGAGCUUCGGUCCUUGGCCCAUGGAACGAAGCUCGGUCCAGACAGAACCCAGAUCUCGUUCGGCCCCCUAGCACCGACCACGGAAAUUUGGCCAACAUGCGAUGGAGCUUUGCGGACUCUCAUAUUCGCAUUGAGGAGGGCGGAUGGACCCGUCAGACCACAGUUCGCGAGCUAUCUACGAGCGUCGAAUUAGCAGGCGUCAACAUGCGACUUGAUGAGGGCGUUAUCCGCGAGCUUCACUGGCACAAGGAAGCCGAGUGGGCCUACGUACUUGACGGAAAAGUGCGUGUCACCGCCAUCGACUAUGAAGGAGGCAACUUCAUUGAUGAUUUGGAGAAGGGAGACCUAUGGUAUUUCCCUUCUGGUGUUCCUCACUCACUCCAAGGUCUUGGUGAAAACGGAACAGAGUUCCUCAUAAUCUUCGACGAUGGAAGUUUCUCCGAGGAAUCUACUUUUAUUCUAACAGACUGGCUUGCACACACACCGCGUUCUGUAAUUGCAAAGAACUUUAACCUGGCACCAGAAAUUUUCGCCCAUAUCCCAGAUGGCGAGAAGUACAUUUUCCAAGGAACGAACCCGGGUUCGAUCAACCACGAGGCCCCCACAGGCAAGGGCGUGAAGAAGUCGAAACACCAGUUCACCCACAAGAUGCUCGCCCAAGAACCGAAGAAAACCUCUGGUGGUCAAGUCCGAAUUACAGACUCGAAGAACUUCCCGAUUUCCAAGACAGUUGCCGCUGCGCAUGCAAUCAUCGAACCCGGCGCCCUACGAGAAAUGCACUGGCACCCUAACGCCGACGAAUGGUCCUUUUUUAUCAAGGGACGCGCUCGAGUUACGAUCUUCGCAUCCGAAGGCAAUGCCAGAACCUUCGAUUACGUUCCGGGAGACGUCGGCAUUGUUCCCAAGAACAUGGGCCACUUUGUCGAAAACAUCGGCGACGAACCUCUGGAGAUGCUCGAAAUUUUCCGCGCCGAUGAAUUCAGAGACUUUUCGCUAUUCCAGUGGAUGGGCGAGACCCCGAAGAAAAUGGUCAUUGACCAUCUCUUUGCCGACGACCCUGAAAAUGGAGAAAAGUUCUGGGAUAAGGUUCGCAGCGCCGAGAAGGAUGAGAUUACCAAGCCGGAUGCUCUCGGAGAGGAAGCUGCGUCAAACGAAGAACUCUGA